UAUCAGUAUUUUUGCACUCAAACCGUUAUGUAAAUGAUUUGUUUUGAUCAUUUCUUCCAGUGCAGAUUGUACCUGAGGUUGUAAAUUUACGUGAAAUUUGCCUGAAAUGAACCGAAACCUUUUGAAAAGUUUUGUCUUUUGUCAAUCUGUAGGGAAGAAAGCAUUUUCCACUAGCAGUAAGUUGCGCUGUGCUAUUCCCGUGGAACUAUCCUUCAAUGCCUACGAUAAAAUCCAAAGUGAUACAUACGCUGCACCGGUUCUAGUCUUACACGGUUUGUUCGGUUCCAAGUUCAACUGGAACAGUUUAUCCAAGGCCUUCCACCAAAAAACUAAACCCACGAGAAAGAUUUAUUCAAUAGAUGCACGCAACCAUGGAGAAAGUCCGCACUCGGAAGAGCAUUCCUACAAGCACAUAGUUGCCGAUCUGGUGGCACUGUAUGAGAAGCUCAACAUAGAGAAGGCUUCGGUCAUCGGACACAGUAUGGGCGGACGGGCCAUGAUGAUGCUGGCUUUGCAAUAUCCCCACCUGAUCGACCGUGCCAUCAUCGUCGACAUCUCGCCAGCCACCGGUCUUGGCACGAGCAACACCAACAUCCCACUAUUCCUACAUUCGAUGAAGCAGAUACAGAUUUCUCCGGACCAAACGAUCCACCAGGCGAGGAAGACCGCCGAUGACCAGUUGGCGAAAAUUAUUGCCGAAAAACCGUUGCGUGAUUUCCUGAUUACCAAUCUGGCCAAAUCGCCCGAGGACGGGUCGUUCCGGUGGCGAAUCAAUCUGGACACGUUGGAGCGUGAUUUUGACUCCGGAGUGGCCAAGUUUCCCAUCGUCGACGGUAUGCGAUUCGAGGGUCCCACACUGUUCAUUGCCGGGGGUCGGUCGGAUUAUAUCCAGAAAAAGGAUAUUCCUGUGAUUAAACAGCUUUUCCCCAAUUCGGAAAUUAUAUUCGUGGAAGGAGCUGGACAUUGGGUGCAUAGUGAGAAAUCUGCUGAAUUUGCUAAACUUGUGCUAGGAUUUUUGAACGAUGAUAGUCAACAUUGAAAUGCGGAAUAAAAUGAUCGUGAAUCUAUGGGACGAU